UGUGCGGGGCGGAACGGCGAGCUGCUGGAUCCGACGGCAAACUGAGAAAGAGACGGAGGAGGGCAGCCGUUAGAGGGAAACCUGUCAAUCAAAUUCAAACACCGCGCGAGGCGCCCGCUGCAGACCUGCGGAGACUCGGAGAGUGGGGGGGAAACCUGUCAAUCAAAUUCAAACACCGCGCGAGGCGCCCGCCGGACCGAUCCAUCAAACUGUAGACGGUUCGUUAACAACUUCAGAGUCGGGUCGAGGAGUACCAAAGCCGGGCACGCAGGUGUAAGAUGACAACCGGUGAUUUGAAGGGAUCACUUCGAAAAUUAGAACAAGGACUUCGUUCACUGAAUUAUCCUCAAGAUAUUGAUUAUAAUGGUCUUGCUAAGGGUGAUCCUGCUGCCUUUCUGCCAAUCAUCAGUUUUGCCUUCACCUCAUACUCCACAUAUGUGACCGAGCAGCUACUAACAUCUGGAGUAGAACUUACGGGAAAGAAUGACUCACGCUUUCUCGAUGCCAUUUAUAAGGUUCUACGAGACCAGUUCCAGUAUAAACCAUUGCUGUUAAAGGAUCAGUUUCUUCACUAUGGGUUUGCAGAAAGAAAGAUGCAGUUUUCCUGCGAUAUAAUAAACUUGGUAAUGAAAAGGCAUAAGGAGCUGAGCAGCCUCAACAAGAUCAAGGCAGAACCAAAUAAGAAUUCAAAUUAUCCUGUAAAAAUUCAGUCACGAUUUAAAUGUGCAUCACUUAUUCCUGAAAACUUACCAUCUGAAUCAAGUGUACCAAUGAAACCUUUCGUAGAACGGCAUUUACCCAAAGAUGAUAUGAAAAUAAUUUACAUUUCAUCCAGUCCUGAAAAUGAAUUUAUAGAAGAUAAACCUGUUAAAGAAUAUACAGAACUGCCCACUUCCUAUGAAUCACAGACAGAAGAGAUGAAAAUGCUCAAGAGUCAGAUUGCCAAAUGUCAAGAGAAGCUCCUGGAACUGGAUGUAGUACAGAGUAGGUUGCACGCUUUAGAAUGUGCGACAGCUGGAAAAGUAAUUAUAGAUGAGAAGGACUGGAAUAACCUGCUGAGCCGUGUUGUGCUGCUAGAAACUCAGCUGUUGCUUCAUUCCAGAAAGAACGAUAUGUCUUCUGAUUCCAUCAGUAGGAACGAAGAAUAUACCUUCUGCCCAAAGACAAGUUGCAAUUCUUCAGAUAAAGAAACGAGAGUUGAGACGCCAGAGAGUCUUAGCCAUCAGUCAUCUGGAUACAACUCACUGCUAUCAGCAGACGAAUCGCCCAAAGCAAUGAGUAGCAAUUCAUUAUAUCUGACAGAAGUUACGAAGACACAGACAAUGAAACAUAAGGUUGAAAGGAUAAGCAAAAUGAUUGAAGAAACUACAGAAUUACUUAAGUGUACGGAAGGUUCAGCUGACACUAAUAUGCCAGGUUGUUUUCUAUCACAAAGACAAAGUACUGCAGAUGCUGGAAAUCUGUAAUAAAGAUGAAAGUUGAAAAGGAUCGGCAGGCCCCGGCAACAUCUGUCAAAAAAGAUAAAGAUUCAAGUUUCAGGUCCAUGAGUUUUCAUCAAUAAUGGUGCCGAUCACUGUGUUUUGUCAGUUUUGUUUAUAAAUUAUAGUAUUUGUAGUGAUAAAAAUGAGAGUAUAUUUUUGCAAUAUUUUAAUGUAGUUGAAUGUUUAGCUUCUUCACCAACACUGAAAUUCUUAUGAACUAAGUAUUUGUAAUACUGUUGUAGAGGGGUAAUUCCAAACUAUCAGAAGUUGCAACAGCUUAUGUCUGUGUUAAGGACAAGCAAUGUGAAGAGAUUAAAUGUUUAAACUUUUCAAAAUUAUCUGAUAUGAAUAAAGAUUAUAUUUCAAUAUGUGUAGGUUAUGUUUUUGUACCAUGAAC